AUGCUCCUUCACGAAGACCACGAUGCUUCAUCACCAUCCAGAAACUCCUCCCCCGAUGUCGUCCUUAUGGUGUCCAAUCCAGACAUCGGACGAGUGGAUAGAGGAACCAGUCCUCACCCAAGCAAUGCUGGACGAAUUGAUAGAGGAACCAGCCCUCACCAUCCAGAGCCCGCCGUCAUCACCCUCACUCCACACCUCAAUAACUUCUCAGAUGACAACGCCGAGGACUACGCCAAGUUCAAAGAAAGGGAAAGAACUCGCCGACCGUCAUCCCAGGGGCCCCCACGAGAUGCAUCACGGAAUGAAAACCCUGAUGACAGAAACCCACCGGGCUCUGACGAAGUACCAAUGGGAGUUCCACCUCCUGCUACAAUCGUGGCGAACGUUGGAGCUGCAGGUCCCUCGGGACUACGAGCAAGAACAGCAGCUCAACUCCCAAGCCAUGGAGAAAUUAACUCGAUACCAGUUAUACAGGGAGCUACACCUCCGCCAGUACCAACUGGUGGACAGAUUCCCCGCUCCAUGGGAAGAACUACCCUUGGUACAAAUCCUCAUGCCGGAGAAUUGGAGCGACAUGUGGACGCGCUCCUCCAGCGAAGCACUAUCUCCGCGGGCAACCCGGGAAUGAGCAUAGCGACAUACCUCGACGACUGGCUAGUGCCAGUCUCCAGAUCAGAGGACUCGCCCUCCAAACAGACCCUGACACCGCCUCUUGGUAUGAACAUAACGACGGACGACCACGAGCUCUCCUCAUCCAUCCCGACGAAUUCUCCCAGUAUGUCAACAGAGAGCUCCUUCCAGCCCUCCUCUUCACCGGAGAAUUGGGCGCCGUCCAACCAAGUAGGACCGACCCUUUCCGCGUUGUCGUCUGGAAUGUACCACGUCCCGGAGAACAUCCCACGGCUGUACCAAAUCCAAGAAGGGCUCCGCGCACGGUCGUGGAACGCCCUUCACCGAGGCCACGGGAAAGUUGCCCAACACAUAGCAAUCCCACGACGUCCCCCUCUCACCGGGUACGAAAUUUUCCCUUAUCCCAUGGGGGUACCGACGAGGAGGAACCGCCCGUCUAUCGAAGAAACGAGGGAAGAAGAAGUCGAGGAACCCAGGCAACCCUCCGCCGCGGAACAACUACUGGCGGGAGUGUUCGACACCGGCCUGGAAUGCCUCCUCCUAGUGCUCGAUUUCGUACAGACGAGGGACCGAAUAACCGAAAUGACCCGGGAAAUUACGACGACGCCGAUCCGUAUUAUCGCCCUGAUGAAGGAGGCGAUGGGUACCAAGGACCCUAUGACUACUAGAGAAGGGCCGUCGCGGAGCGAGAAAGGGGGUAAGGAAGUUGAGGAACUCCUACCCCUACUAGGGUCCAAAAUGACCUUAAACUAUCGUUCGUCCGCAACGACGUAA